AUUCAUCGAUUUGCAACGAGCCGUGAAAGAGCGUUCUUUCUUUUAGUCGCUGAGCAACAAAAUAUAAAUAAAAAGUGGAAAAUUGUGCUAAACACUAAUUAAUCAAAUAAAAUAUUAUAGAGCAGUGUCCACACACGCACACACACCAACCUAUUUAUACUUAAAAAUAUAUAUAUUUACAUAUAGUGCACAAAUACACACACACACACAUACAAGUAGCGCAUAAACAAAACGUUCAAUAUACGCGAGCAAUUAAAUUUGUUUGUUGUUAAUUUGGAGAUUUGUUUAAAAGGAAACAUCGCAUAAUUUAGAACAUUCAGUUGUGAACGAGCUGGCGCGCAGUCAAGUGUGGAAAAAAUAGAAAUUGAAAUUUUUUAUUUAAAUUUCGUGUAUGCCUAAAGUGUUGUUGUAAUUGUAUUAGAAAGCUACAAAUUUGUGCCGUUAAAAAUAAGUGUCAAGUGCAUAGAAGCCUGCAAGUUUUGCGUUCGUAAAGUGCAUUGCAAAGUAUUCCCGGAAGCAUUGAGCUUCGUAUUGUCGAGCUAAGCCUAAGCAAUUAAAUAAACAAAAGAAAAUAUUAUGUCCUGCAAAGUGUUCUCAUAUCUGCUAAGUGUUCUACUUAUUGCACAGAUACCGAUAAACGGCAUCAGUGCCGGCACGGAUGAUAACGAGAUCGACAAUGCGCCUGAAUAUUAUUUGUUACAGGGCGUGAAAGUCUACCCCGCGGACCGUGAAUGCGCCUUGCUUGGUGGUUUGUGUGUGCACCACAGCGAUUGCUUGGAACCGACUACAAAUCGCGGACUAUGCCCAUCUAACAAACAUCGUGGGGUGGAAUGUUGCUAUGAAUUGCCACUGAGGCCCGCACCGUGUGAGCAGCAUUUGGGCAUCUGCAUGGAUAAUUGUGCCGAGUAUCUACAGCGACCCGGCACCGAUUGCCAAGGCGGACAGGUCUGCUGUGUCCUAGUCUAAGCCUAUGAAGGUUCUCACAUCUAUCGGACGUGUGCGCAUAUUAUUAAUAAUACGAAUAUAACUAAAAUAUUUUGAUUAAAUUUAUAUAUAUGUUUAUGUAUACUUGUAUACUCAUGUACUCAAGUGAGUAUAACGAAUUAAACUAAACUAAGGUUUAACAAGAAUCAUUCGAGCCAUUCGGUCGAUUGAGGAAAAUAGGAGGAUGCAUCAUAUGUGACUCAUUUACUCGUACGAGUAAUUACUGAAUGUAUUGUAAUGUAUUUUGUCCUUUAUAUUACUUUUUAUGAUGAGUUUUUAGUUUGUCUUGGUUUAAUUUUAAGUUAAUUAAUGGCAAUUGCUUAUCUCCCACUUAAUUUGCAACUUUUGUGCCCUAUGUGGGUUGACUUGUAAUUAUGACACUUUAAAUAUACUUAUAUGAAUAACAGUUUACUUUGACAGCAGCUAAACAAGGAAAAAAUUGCAAAUGUCUGUAAAUAAAAAUGUUGUAUUUAAUUAUAAAAAUUUAUAAGGAAA